GCCAUGGUAUUUUAGAAGGAUCUCUUUUCAUUAUGGAAAUAUCAGUUUGUUUUUGUAUAGAAUAGAAAUGGGCCAACGUUAGCCAGCCAGCUAGUAGUAAGCGUACGUACGUUCGAAUAGUUGGCUAGCCAGUUGCUAUCACUGUUAUGGACACUGCCAGCUAUGCAGUGUAUUAAAAUAUAUAGAUAGUACUAGUUUGUUGCAUCGAGUUAGCUACCACCUCCCUGUUUACCGUUUGACAACUCAUCGAAUCUUGUUUACAAUGGACCUGCCACAUCAUGGGUACAGAGCAACAAAGCCAAGAGCCCGAGCAGCUCCACCUGCCGGGGACCCUCUCCUCUUUGAAGACACCAGCGGUCCGGCACCAAACAUGAACAGCCAGGCGUAUUACACUCCUGGGUACAACAUGGGAGCCGCUGCAGGAGUUGGAGGUGCUGGAGGUGCUGGGGUGAAUGACCUGUUUGCUGACCCAAUGGCCAGUGCUGCCAUGAUGUACGGUUCCUCCCUUGCCAACCAGGGUAAAGACAUGGUCAACAAGGAGAUCAGCCGAUUCAUGUCUGUGAACAAGCUAAAGUACUUCUUUGCUGUGGAUACUAAAUACGUCAUGAAGAAACUGAUGCUCCUCAUGUUCCCUUACACACAUCAGGACUGGGAAGUUCGUUACCACAGAGACACUCCUCUCACACCAAGGCAUGAUGUGAAUGCCCCUGACCUUUACAUACCAACUAUGGCUUUCAUCACAUACAUUCUACUUGCUGGCAUGGCCCUUGGUAUUCAAAAAAGGUUCAGCCCAGAGGUGCUGGGUAUGUGUGCCAGUACAGCUCUAGUGUGGGUCAUUAUUGAGGUCCUGGUUAUGCUUCUGAGUUUGUACCUUCUCACUGUACACACUGACCUCUCAACCUUUGAUCUCAUCGCCUACAGUGGAUACAAAUAUGUUGGAAUGAUUUUCACAGUGCUGUGUGGUCUACUGUUUGGCAGUGAUGGGUACUUUGUCGCUCUGGCAUGGUCCUCAUGUGCCCUCAUGUUUUUCAUAGUCCGUUCUCUGAAAAUGAAAAUCCUGUCAUCGCUCUCCUCUGACUCCAUGGGGGCUGGGGCAAGUGCCAAGCCUAGACUCCGUCUCUAUAUUACCGUGGCCACCGCUGCCUUUCAGCCAAUCAUUAUAUACUGGCUUACCUCACAUUUGGUCAGGUGACCUGGAAGGGUGUUUUCCGAUAAGGUCCAUUGAUUUUGAACUUAAAAGUACAUGUUGAUGCCCAACUACAAAUGUGGUUCUUGUGAGUGUCACUGUUCAUCUUUCAGCUCAUGUCAUUCAGCUCUAAACGUCUUUAGUAGGUUUGAGCUGUAGCUUGUGUUCUGGUUUAGGGUGGAUGUUGGGUGAAAUGAACAUUUCUCUUUGAUUGGCUAACACACUAUUGACACACUUUUGUUUGCAUGACAGCCACUGUCACGUCAUUGUAGGGGUUUUUCUAUUCUCCCUCAUGAUAGUUAAACUGUCAUACUAUUUUUGGGACACCACCCAAAAAUAAUCAUAAAAAUAAGGGCUCUAUUCAUAAAAAAAAAAAAAGGUUUUGAGACAUGCUGGGGUCCAGUUUUGUAUACUGAAGUGGUAUGUCUGUGAUUGCCAUUAAACUUGUCUUAUAUUACACAUUACGUAUAGUGUGAUUUACAACAAAUGAACAAGUGGCAGAUUUGUGUGUUUUUUUAAACAUGUCAAAGACAAAUGGUCAAUAUGUUCAAAUGUUGUGCUACAAGAUUGACCAAUUCCCUUUAUCCAAUUCCUUAUUAAUCUCUGUUUUAUUUAUCUAUAUUCUAAACUGAAUAGAGCAUGAGAAGUGUGAUUUUUGAAGAAAAUAAAUGUAUUUAGCUUUGAAUUUGAA